AGAAACGAGUGGGGAAUACGACAAGAACGGGAGAAGCCAUUUCCACAUUGUGGCUUCCAAUAUUAAACAAACACCAUUGGUCAAAGCUUCUAAUUUAACUGGAUUUAUAGUUCGUAUUUUAUCCUUUUCAUGGGAGAGGAGCAGUGGGAAGACCCACAGACGGAUCCUAAUCCAAACCAAACCCGAGCCCGAUUCAGAAGCGGUUUAUUGCAGCUGUGCAUUUGGGGACAGAGAAAGCGCUGAGGAAAGGCAUGGCUAGAGCUCCAACCUCAUCAGUUACCAACCCUUCUUGGUUUACUCCGAGAAGGCUGCUUGCUAUUUUUUGCAUAAUCAAUUUACUGAAUUACAUAGAUCGUGGAACUAUAGCAAGUAAUGGUGUAAAUGGGAGCCGCAGAACUUGCUCAAAGAGUGGCACAUGCUCAUCUGGUAGUGGAAUUCAGGGUGAUUUUGACCUGAAUAAUUUUGAGGAUGGAGUUAUAUCAUCUGCUUUUAUGGUUGGACUCCUUGUGGCAUCGCCAAUAUUUGCAUCCUUAGCCAAGAGCGUCAAUCCUUUUAGACUUAUCGGAGUUGGUUUGAUUGUCUGGACACUUGCAGUUGCUUUUUGUGGUUUUUCAUUUAAUUUUUGGUCCAUCGCAAUCAGUCGCAUGCUGGUGGGUGUUGGUGAGGCUUCUUUUAUAAGUCUUGCUGCUCCAUUCAUUGAUGACAAUGCCCCAGUUGCGCAGAGAACAGCCUGGUUGGGAACAUUUUACAUGUGUAUUCCAACUGGUGUUGCAGUUGGCUAUGUGUAUGGUGGAUUGGUAGGUAACUUUAGUUGGCGUUUGGCAUUCUGGUUGGAGGCAAUCUUGAUGCUCCCUUUUGCCAUUUUAGGCUUUGUGAUGAAACCUUUGCAGUUGAAAGGUUUGUCUCCUGCUGGAUCUAAGAUAGUAUUGACAACGGCAGACGGUUGCUCAGAAUAUCAAGAUGGUGAAGUUUCCAGAAGGGACGAGGAUGCCGAUGAAAGUUCAAAACCUUCGAGGUUGACAGUUUUGACAAUAUUUUGGAAAGAUAUGAAGGUCCUUUUGCUUGAGAAGGUUUACGUGGUGAAUGUUCUUGGUUACAUUGCCUAUAAUUUUGUUAUAGGUGCCUACUCCUACUGGGGACCCAAGGCAGGCUAUAAUAUAUAUCACAUGAGCAAUGCAGAUUAUUUGUUCGGGGGUGUUACAGCAGUAUGUGGAAUAUUUGGGACAGUAGCUGGUGGUCUUGUUCUUGAUCGUAUGACAUCCACGAUAUCCAAUGCUUUUAAGCUUCUUUCAUUUGCUACAUUCAUUGGAGCAAUAUUCUGCUUUGCUGCCUUUUGCUUCAAGAGCUUAUAUGUCUUUUUGGCUCUGUUUUCAAUUGGAGAGCUGCUGGUAUUUGCAACCCAGGCCCCUGUGAAUUUUGUUUGUCUACAUAGUGUCAAGCCUAGUCUCAGACCAUUAUCUAUGGCAAUAUCCACCGUAUCGAUUCAUAUAUUUGGCGACGUGCCGUCCUCUCCCCUAGUUGGGCUUCUCCAGGAUCAUGUUAAUAAUUGGAGGGCAACUGCUCUUAUAUUAACAUCUAUUCUAUUCCUGGCUGCCGCAAUAUGGUUUAUAGGAGUUUUCCUUAAUAGUGUGGAUAGGUAUAAUGAAGAUAGUGAGAAUCCAGUAACUCCAUUGCUUGAAGAGAAGGAGUAGCAGCAGCAGUAGCGAGAAUGCUGCAGAAACACACAGAGCCAUGGCCAGAUGCAGCCGUGAUCAUAUUAGGCCACCAUGGCAUACCAAUAUCACAGGCAUUUCCCUCUCCAUCAUCAACAUGUGUGCGGAUUUUUUUCGUGAAUAGUUUGUGUAUUUUAGCAUAUGUCACAAUAUCUAAGUUCUUAUUGCAAUAUCAAGUUGUUCUCAGUUCA